AUGCCACCCCGGAUACAGAGCCGGACUGUGUCCAACACCCUUCUUCCCUACCUCACAGCUACCUCCUCUUCCUCAUCCUCACUUUCCUCUCUUCCUUCAUUAUCCUCUACAUCAUCACAAUGCAUUUCUCGCCAAUUUUCUGCCACGGCAGCACCACGGGGACAGACCAAGCUCCGUCGGCAGAUGUUCGAAUGGCUUGACGGCGAAGGAGCCGUUUUCAAGCACCAUCUUCCUGGGCAAACCAACUAUGUUACUAGCCUAAAGCAGCGAGGCAACGAGGGCUCGGAGAAUCCCCGUCCGUUCCCCAACAACCAAAGUUUCUUCAGCGAGCCUAUCCUCAGUGAGGAGCUACGGAAUGAGGUCUAUAAUCGCGUCGUUGAACAGAAGAAGAGUGCCCGCGUUGUCAGUGUGGAACUUGGAAUUGAUAUGCAGCGUAUUGCUGCCGUCGUGAGAUUGGUAGAACUGGAGAAGAGACAGCGCGCACAGGGUAAACCCCUAGCACUUCCAUAUGCGCGGGCCGUCCACGAGAUGGUCCCCAUUACCCCCCUCGCUGAGAAAGGCGAGCGUCAACAAUAUCACGAACCCAUCAACGACCUCCCCGCCCACCCCCUAACAGGCUCCCAAAUCUUCUACCCAGUUCCCGAAUCCCGCUCCUUCAACCGUGUCGAGGCCGGCCGCGUCUUCUCCGGUGCCCCAGCACUGGAGCAAUCCGAGGCCGCAGAAAUCUCACACCCCUCCGACCUCGCCGAAAAGAUCAUGGAGGAUCCCAACUCCAUCGGCUGGGUCGGCAAGGGCGCCAAUGCCCGCCAGAUCUUGCAGCCUGCAGAUGUGCGCAUUCCUCACCCUCACAUGGUUGCCCAAGAGCGCGAUCGCCUUGCGAACCCCAACGAGUGGCGGGCUGUCGCAGACCUCCAAUCUAAGAGACUCAAGCGCCAAGACGCAAUUGAGAAAGAGCGUCGUGAGCGCAUCCAGGCUCGUCGUGAGAAGAAGCUCACUGUGGUCUCCCCCGAGGACUCGCGCUUCGACUACCGUAUCAAGGAUACUAUCUACACUACAGAGACCACUGGCACCGAUGGCCGUAGUUCCAAGGCUACUGGUCGUCGCUACGGUGUGCCUCACCGCGACCGCGCACGUGGCGAAGUCAAGAUUCCUACCCGUGUGGAGGCUUGA